GUUUUACUCUUAUGAAUUAGAAUUUCUCCAGUAUGACUACCUAGGAUUAGUGCAGAAAAGUACCUAAAGUGUUAUAUAGUAGUGUUAUUUCAUAGUUUAGUAUCCGUACUAUACGGGAGAGAGGCAGGAAGCGCACGCGGGGAUGAGUUAAAUCGAAGAAGCACCGUGUCAUGAAUGAUGAUGAUUGCUGCUGAAGUGGUGGCGAACCCCAGAGUAGCGGAGCACUACGGGGAAGAGAGUGAAUAGUGAAUAAAGAGUGGUCCGGGCCGCCAGAGCUAUCCGAGUCUGCGUGAGGAUACCGGAAUAAAGUGCGUAGUAGAAUAUAGCAGGAAGCAUCGAAGGACGAAAAAGGAGAAGAAACAGAAAAGUGUAAAGUGAUAGAUCGGAGGGAAGAAGGGUAGGGGUGUGCGCGCGCGCGGAAGGAACUUGAUAGAAGAUCCUGCGCCAGCUGGAAGUAAACUUUAAGAAGGUAGCAGCAGAAACACCAAAAUGGACACAUCGGACGAUGAUCUUUCUGAACAUUCGCAAGGGGACAAAUCGACCAAGACGCGUUGGACGAAGCAUGAGGAUGCUGCCCUAAAAUCUCUGGUAGAGCAGUACGGUGAAAGGUGGGACGCGAUCGCCAAGUUCCUCAAGGAUCGAACCGAUAUCCAGUGCCAGCAGCGAUGGACGAAGGUUGUCAACCCCGAUCUCAUCAAGGGACCCUGGACAAAAGAGGAAGACGACAAAGUGGUGGAACUGGUCACCAAGUAUGGGCCGAAAAAGUGGACCCUUAUCGCACGCCAUCUUCGGGGCCGCAUCGGUAAGCAGUGUCGCGAGCGGUGGCACAAUCACCUAAAUCCGAACAUCAAAAAGACCGCUUGGACCGAAGAGGAAGACAACAUAAUCUACCAGGCACACCUGCAGUGGGGCAAUCAGUGGGCAAAGAUUGCCAAACUGCUACCAGGCCGUACUGACAAUGCCAUCAAAAACCACUGGAACUCGACGAUGCGUCGGAAAUACGAGGGACCUGAAGCGACUCGUCGCAAACCGAAAACCAGCAGUCAGAGCCAGCAGAACCAAUCGGGUUCCAACCAGUCGAACCAGUCCAGUUCGCAGCAGCCGCCGCAAAGUGGGCAGAACAGUCUGCGGAACAUUAUUUGCAAUAAUCGGAAGAAAGCAUCGGUCGAAAGUAUUAACGAGGAUUCGCUCGAUAAGGACGGAGGUCCGAUUGCGGUAUCAACGGAUCAGGGAGAUUUCCUCAUUUCGCCAAUGCCUAAUGCCACCAGCGAAAAGCAGUUUGUCAUUGCACCGCUGUAUUCCACGGGGAAGGCCACAUUCGUCAAUGCCAAAGUAGUUGCAAGCAACAACAACAACAACAACAACAACGUUCUUAGUCGCAGUAAUAACAGCAACAGCAAUAAUAACCAUCAACCGUACACGCCUACCAAUGUGGACUUUAGCGAUCUGCUCAGCGGGAACGACGGGGACGCAAAGGACCGGAAGUUCAAGAUCAAUACACCCAGCAUUCUGCGACGGAAGCGGAAAUUCAGGGAUGAAAACGAGAUGAACGACCUCCAACAGCAGCUCAUGUUAGCUCACCAGCAGCAACGUCAGCAACAACUUCUCCAGGUGACGACUGCUGCCAGCCAGGCACUGGGUAGUACGGGUACCGGUACUAAUCAGUCACACAAUCACCACCACCACCACCAUCAUCAGCAACAGCCUCGUGACGAACACCAGCAUGGCGAAAGGCAUCUCAUGUCGCCAACGGUCACUCCCAUUAAACCGCUCCCCUUCUCACCCAGCCAGUUUUUAAACUCACCCAGCUUAAAUGUUUCGUUUGAUCAGCUUCCGGCUAGCACGCCGGUCAAAAGAACUGCCUUUAAAACCAACGACACUAGUCUACUGAGUACACCGAUCCUUCUGAAAGAGGGACAAAAUCUGAAAAGGGAAUGUGCGGAUGACGACGUCAGAGGUCCAAUCAAAACACCGCUGAAGGAUAUGAAAGCGUUGGAACCACGAACGCCCACACCAUUCAAGAACGCUCUGGCUGAAUUUGGGAAGAAACGCUCGGAAGUGUAUAUUCCACCGAGCCCGGCACGGUUGGGCGAGGACAUUGCGGAAAUCAUGAGCAGCGAACAGGCCAAAGAGAACUCCGGUAGCGGAACCGAUCUGGACAAAACAGUUACCAACGGUGAUAGGCGGUCGGUCAGGGAGCGCACGCAACCCGUUGCACCAUCGCCGCGGGCGAAGAAAAGUGCGUUCACACAGAACUGGGAUAACUCCGACAUGAGUUUCUUCGCCGAGACACCGAGUAAAUCUCUGAUAUCCGAUUCCGGUGUGAUCUUCUCUCCUCCGAGUAUACUGCGGGAGACGCUUAGCGAUUCCGACCUACUGUUGGAUGGUGGUGGACUGCUGGAACCGUCGAAUACGCAAAAUGUCCCGGAGAAACCGGUGGAGCCGGAACAGAUCCUCGAUCCCAAGUGGGAAAAAUGGGCUUGUGGUAAAACGCGCGAUCAGCUCUACAUGACCCAGCAGGCCCACAACUGUCUGAAGAAGACGAGCCUCCAACCGCGCUCGUUGAAUUUCUACAAGUAGAAAGAUACAGCAAGGCGCUGUAACUGUACUCUAUUUAGAUUUAGGAUCAGGGUCAACCCAUUAAAUUGAAAAGAUAGCAGGGCGUUUAGUGCCCUCAGAGAAAGUGGAUAUGACGUGAAAGAGUGUAUGUGUUUUUCGACUUUACCGAACAAGUAAUGAUUUAUUUUGUAUAGUUUGUAAGAAAUUAGAGUUUGGUGUUUGGGUUUGUGACUAACACUUUUAUAUUCAGCAUGCUCAACGAGAAAUGUGUACCAAGAUAUCAAAGACAGGACCAACAGUGCUAACUGAUUAGUCAGUUUAUUUUUUCUAGAGUUUU